UCGUUAGAUCUUUUUUUGUUUUAUUAGAACAUGUUUAAUGAUAAAUGAAUUAAUAUUUUGACUGUAAAUUAUCAUCUGUCGUUUUUAUUUAAAUAAAUAUGCUUGUUUAACCAAUCCAAAUACGAUCCGAAGGAAACAUUGUCAUCAUCUCAUUAGACUAGAAAAUAAGAAAUGAUCGAUGAUCAAAAUUUAUUGUAUAUAUCUAUUAUAUACAUAAACACAAUCUUGCUAAAUGAUAAUCAUCAUCUUCGAUUCAUUUCGGAUACAUUCGGUUUAUAAAAAUGAGAUGCUCCUACUGUGUAUGUGAUCGAUGAUGAUGACAACUACGUGCUUCUGGAGAAUUUUUUAUAUCGUUGAAGAUAAAGCAUGAAUAGUAACGACAAAAAAAAAAAGGAAAGAAAAUGAUGAAAAUUUUAAUAAGUUGAUGUUUCAAUAUGAAAAAUUUUCUAUUGUUUUUUUUUGCAGCUGAUUAUUCAUUUAAUGAUAGUAGUUCAAGCCAGAGUUACGGAGAAGUUAAUCAACUUGGUGGUGUAUUUGUCAAUGGACGACCAUUACCAACACCAAUUCGUUUACGUAUUGUUGAAAUGGCUAAUUUAGGAGUACGUCCAUGUGACAUAAGUCGUCGAUUAAAAGUAUCACAUGGAUGUGUUAGUAAAAUUCUUGCUCGUUAUCAUGAAACAGGUUCUGUAUUACCAGGUGCUAUUGGCGGAAGUAAACCACGUGUAACAACACCACGUGUUGUUGGUCGUAUACGUGAUUACAAAGUUAAAGAUCCCGGAAUGUUUGCAUGGGAAAUACGAGAAAAAUUAUUAUUAGAUAAUGUAUGCGAUAAAUUUAAUGUUCCUUCAGUAUCAUCAAUUUCACGUAUUUUACGAAAUAAAAUUGGUCCAUUAUCACAACCAAAUAAUGGAAAUGGAAGUGGAGGAGGUGGAAGUAGUGAACAUAGUGAUUCAAAUUCACCUCCACUAAUUUCAUCAUCAACAACAUUAAUAAAUAAAUGUGAUCAUUCACCAGUUAAUAUUCCUUCAGUUGUUUCAUCAUCAUCAGAAUCAAUAUGUAAAAUUGAACCACCAACAUGGUCAUCAUAUGAUCAAUCGACAGCAUCAUCAUAUCAUCAUCGUUAUCUUUAUCCAAAUGUUGCUUAUCAUUCACCAUUUCAACAUCAAUUUGAAUCGGCUAUGAAAUCACCAUAUACAGGAGCAAAUCAUAUUGUAUCAAAUUCAACAACAAAUGGAGAUAUAUCAAGUGCAUUUACACAUACUCAUCAUUACCAUCAUCAACAUCAUCAUCAUCAUCCAAAUACAACUAUUAACAAUCCUACAAAUAAUUAUGCAUCAUUUUUUAAUACAUUUCCUUAUACACAAACAACUAAUUUUGCUGUUACGACACCAUAUUACCCAUCGUCUUAUGGUUUACCAUUGACACCACAAGCUUCAUAG